AUGCCGAUCAUUAUUAAGGGUGUGAAGCUUACAGAGGAGUUCACAAGGACCCUGAAGGAGAUCAUCAAAGGUGUCGACGGCUUUCGCUCGCCGUACCUAGCCAACAAGGCCCGUGAAACUGACAAGGGCGUCGAAAUACCUUGUGGCUAUGGGAAGCUGCUUGCCGCGGUUAGGCAGAAGUACCCAGAAGCUGAUCUGCUUCCCCUCGACCAGGAUGAAGCACGCAAGAACUGCAUCGACCGCAAUGUUUCCAUUUUUACUAAGUUCAAGGAGUACAAUGCAGACUACCUCAAGACAAGCAAAAAUGUCAUCAUCACGGUUACCUCCGCACCAGGAGAGUUCAUGGACCCGGAGAAGGUCGUCGCCUUUUUGACUAAGACCCUCUCGAAGAUCACGCCAGCUCAGGAUCACAAGUUCAAGAUCACCGCGAAGUAUCAAGUGCUGGAUGCUAUCCGUGGAAGGAUCAAUGCGGGUGCUCUCAAGGAUGCCAGCGGCUCUUCUGUGCAAGGCAGGUGCGCGACAAUGGGGAUUAGAUAUGUUGAAGGUCGUCCGCCGCAGAGGGGGACGAAGGUCGCCGUUGUUGUUCAGUCUUCUGAGAUAGAGAAGCUUUUUGCUGCUCUCUCUGCCGAUAAUCUUUUUGAACGCGUUCCCGCCAUAAGGUUCAUUAACCCGGAGAAGCGCCGUAAGCAUAUCCAGGAGCUUCGCGAGAGGGUUGGGUCUGCAGGCGAUGGUACCCUGGGCACAAAAAAUAAGCAGAGGAGACACCAAGAGGCGAAGGGUGGUGUGAAGAAGCCUGGAGCCAAGAAGGCCACCGGAAUUAGAGUACAGCUUGCUGAUGACCAGAAGGCCGCCAAGCCUAAGAAGAAGCAGGGCAAGAAGGUGCAAUCUCAGAAGGAAAGGCUCCCAUGUCUCCUUACGAUCGCAGGGAUUCCUGAGGCUCUAGCAUUCGACGAUAUCAAGGAAAACCUCGAUAAAGAUGAGCACGCAGACAUUCUAAAAGCUCUUGCAGAGUCUCGCUUGAGGAGACCCAAGCAGCCCAAUCCUUCCGAAGUGUCGUUCUACUGCACUGUGGAGAAUGGCAAGAUCCUUAGGGAUGCCUUCGGUAACAUGGAGAUUAACGGGGCCGAGCUCCGCACUACGGUGUCGGAUGUGAACUAA